UCACACAUAAAAUAAAAGAGGAAAGCGUAAAUAAAAUGCCAAUCGCAUUGUGAUUAUUGUAGUGUAGUGAAGUGCUUAUUCAAUUUAAGCUAGAGAAGAAAACCUAAGCCAAGGGAAAGCAAGGAUAGGGAAAGACAAGGAAAAGCUGAGUUAAGUAAGAGGAAAACAAAUCUUGGACAUAUGCAACAACUGGAUACGGAUACGCCACUGAAGCUUUAAACAGCGCGAAUCAGCACCACUCUCCCCCACCCGCUUCAAGUCAACAUGCACCUGUACCUAGUACUGAUCUCGUGUCUGGUGAGCUCAACGCACUGCUGGCAGUUCGAUGGCGGAGGUCAGCGAUGGUCGAGGAAUACGGCCAGGGUGCAGGCACGAGGACCAUCGCCACCGUUGCCGCCAGGAGGCGGAGGCCGAAUAUCGGCGGCAUUGUUGGGCUCACAGCAACAGGACAUACUCUAUGCCUGUCCUCUCAACUCGAUGUGCCAGUGUGCCGGUCUGCCCAACGAGACUCACACGCUGAUUGAGAUUAAUUGCAACGAGGUGGCACUGUACAAGUUUCCAGAGUUCAUGCACAGCAGCGUGCGGUAUAUCGAAAUGUCCAACACACAUCUGCAGAGUGUCGACGAUGAGACAUUCCAGGGACUGCGUCUGAAGACACUGAAGCUACUCGACAACGAGCUGCAAGAUAUAUCCCAACGGAGUUUCAG